CUUUGCGAACUCCUGCCCAGUCACGGCCCUUCCUCCACAUCCGGCCUGACGCUCUCUCCGGACACCGCUAGUUCCUGAUGACAGGGCCGGAAGUUUUUAAAGUGUACUUCCGGUGAUGAGGGAGAUGUUUGGGAGCUUAACGGUAGCAGUUCUGUGUGUGAAACUGGAUCCAUUAAUCUGAAAUAAUUGAGACACUUGUCUGCUACGCACACAACUCCACCACCAUGUCCACCACUGGAGAUCUCUCCGGGAAGAAGAAGAAGCAUGUGCGCUUUGCCAGAAUGCAUGAAGAGGAUGAUGAUGAUAACCCGGAGGAGGAAGAGGAAGACACGCUGUUUGACAAGAGGAAGGAUGUGAAGGCCGGGCUGAAAAGUGCCCUGAAGCGAGGGAAAAGGCUCGUGCACUCAGCCACGGGGGAGAAUGUGGAGAUAAAGCGUGAUGGAGCAGCAUGCAGCCGCUGGUUUAUCACCCUCACCCUCUGCGCUUCAUUCCUGGGCCUGGGAAUGUGUAUCUCUGUGUUGGGACCGACGUUGGAAGAUUUGGCCACCAAUGUGAAUAAGAACAUCAGUAAUAUCUCAUACAUCUUUGCUGGCCGUGCCACCGGGUACAUCGCAGGGUCGCUGCUGGGAGGAAUCCUGUUUGACCUCAUCAACCCUCAGCUCCUGUUGGGUUUUGCCAUGUUGAUGACUGCGUUUGGAAUGUUCUCCACUCCGUUCUGUAAGCGAGCGCUCGUUUUAACUGUUCUGGUUUCUGGUGUCGGCGUAUCGAUGGGGAUCCUGGACACAGGUGGAAACGUGUUAAUUCUGAACACGUGGGGUGAUCGGGCCGGGCCCCACAUGCAGGCUCUCCACUUCUCCUUCGCCCUCGGAGCCUUUGUGUCUCCCAUCAUUGCCAAGCUACUGUUCGGAGACAAAUCCAGCGUCUUGGAUCGGAGCGCGUCACAGACCGCAGCACCUAACGUCAUUUCCACACCUCCGCCCUUGUUCCAUGGGAAAAGCUCCUCCCUGACGUCCAUGUGGGCGUAUGUGGUCAUUGGUGCCUUCAUCCUGUUUGUUUCACUCCUCUUCUUCAUCCUGUACUCGCGAAGUUCCACCUCCUCGAGCAGGGCGUCAUCAGCUCCGGGGAAGCCGCCAUUCUUCGCCAAACAUCACACGGCGCUCAUUCUGCUUCUGGCGCUCUUCUUCUUCUUUUACGUGGGUGCUGAGGUGGCGUACGGUUCUUUCAUUUUCACCUACGCUAAAGAAUACGCUGGCUUAGAGGAGCCACAGGCUGCUGAGCUCAACUCGCUCUUCUGGGGCUCCUUCGCCACCUGCAGGGGGGCGGCCAUCAUCUUUGCAGCCUGCGUCUACCCGGGCACCCUGAUCCUCCUCAGCCUCAUGGGUUCUGUCGUUGCCUCGCUGUCUUUGGUGCUGUUUAACCAGCACCAUGUGAUGCUAUGGAUUUUCACAGCUCUUUAUGGUGCCUCCAUGGCUGCCACGUUUCCCAGCGGGAUCUCGUGGGUGGAGCAGUACACCACUGUGAGCAGCAAAUCCGCGGCAGCAUUCGUCAUCGGCGCAGCGCUCGGGGAAAUGGUACUUCCUGCGUUGCUGGGCUUCCUGUUGGGUCGCAUCCCGCAUCAGCCGCUGCUCAUGUACCUGGCUCUCUGCACAGCUGCCGUCACCUCCAUCCUCUUCCCUGUGAUGUAUAAACUCGCCUCGUCUACAGGGGGCGCCAUGGACUGCAAACAACGAGUCCGAGCGCACGGCGAGCUUGAUGAUGGCGAGGAUCGCCAGGCGCUGCUCGAUUCCAUUGCUGACGAUGCUGAAGAGGAGGCGGGGCCUGAGGACAACGAGUCCGAAAUUGACCAGUGGAACGACGCGGAUUUUGAAGUUAUUGAGAUGGACGACGCCAGCCUGACAAACUCGCCCAGUAAAACGAGCUCGUCACCGCCGGAUACGUCGCCCAGCGGCCAGUUGGCUUCAUCUGUUCAGUCCUCGUCGGUUACCUCCAGUCCCGUGGCAGCUUCCUGGAGCUCCGCCCCCACGCUCAGUGAUUCGCCAAGACGCAAAGUUCUCCUCGAUCGAGAGAAGAACGACUAAAAAGUGAACCUCCACAUCUGCACUAAUUACGACAUGAUCUGAGAACAGAACUGAUUGGAGCACGUCUGCCUCCUGCUGGUGGCUCUGAGAAUUGCGCUGGCAGUUUGGCUGUUAAAGUUUUAAUAGAGCACAGCACUGCCCCCAGUGGCUCUGUAAUGGAACUGCAGCUGUUUGCAUGACUGCAGGACUGAAGACGUCCUGUGACUGUGGUGGACCUUUUCAACUCGUUUACACCUGGUGAUUCUGGAUCGAGAGACAGCGUCUGUCCAAGCCACAGUACAUUACAUCAUAACCACGCCCCUCCCUCCCGCUGCGGUAUAUUAUAGCACGGUGGCGAUUUAUAGAGACGCUGCAGUCCUGAGUAAAAUUUGAUAAAGCUUGUUUUAAGGAAAUGCUCCUCUUCUGAAACUCGUACAGCGAUUGAACACGUGUAUAAAAUAGUUUAGGUGGUGUAGACUCUCGACAUGCUGCCGUUUCACAGAUCAAUACGAGCGAGCACUCGGGAUAGCAGGUUACACACACUCCACCAAUGUUUAUGCUUUGAAUUCUGAUCAUGAUACGGUUAAAAACGUCUGUCAUGUGACACUGAGGCGAUUUCCGCUGCUGUAUUUAUUACAACGUUAAUAAACAUAAAUGUAUUGAUGUACACACGACUCCCAGAAACGUGAACCGCCGACUACCAUGAAGCGAGGUGAGCGUUAACAUGAGCCCUGGGACAGCAGCGCCCCCUAGUGACCGCCGUCUCUGUUUCACGGGGUUUCUGUGCGUCAGUGUGAAUUUACCCUGAGGCUCUUUCUGAUAUCGAUUUAAACCCACGGAGACGAUCUGCUGCGCAAAAUAAUCAAGUUUGAUUUCAUGUAUGAAGUAAAAUGCUGGAAUGAUUUUUUUUUUCGUGUUUCAGAUCAUUGAGCACUUAGACACUUUUUUCCCUGUAAUUUAUUGUUGAUGAAAUCACUACAUGUUCUGUAACGAUGUGCAAAUCCACAGGACUCUUCUGUAACUGUUUAGCUCUUUUUAUUUUUGUUAUUAUUCCUGCUGUUAAUUUAUUGAGAUGGUGUGGGAAUGUGAUGGGUGUGGGUUCAGAUCCCUGAAAAACACACAUUCGAAUGAUUUUAAAGUUUAAACAGGAGGAAUUUAAAGUGGUAUAAACGUCCAAUCAAUCAGCUGUUGAAGCUGUUGAAGCUCUGUGAUUGGUCCAAACCUCAUAACACUUCAUGAUGGAAGUCGUCGUCGUCGUCAUCGUCCUCCUGCUCUGAACUGUGUUGCCUUUCAUUUCUGAUCCAGUGCUGAUUGAAGGUUUAAUGUUGAUGUGUGGGUUAUUUUAAAAUAAAUGAUUUAAUGGCA